AUGCCUGCCCAUCAUCACUGCAACGCUCAUGCCGGCCUGCCCCGCGUUUGGCUUGGUUGGGGUGAGCUGGGCAACCGCAAGGCUCAACUCCAGGCUGAGCAGGACGAUUACUUCGAGACCCAUACCCCCGAUUUCAAGGUGCGACACCCAGACAGCCGCCGACGUGGCUGGGAUGUGCACUUGGAUGUCAUUCGCAGGUCGACCCGUUGGAUUGACUGGCGAAUCCACAAGACUGGUGACAAGCAGAAACUUGUUCUUCCUGAUUUGGUACGUGUUGAACAGGUUGACAGCCUUCUUAAUUUCUUUUAUACUGGUGACUAUUCGGUUGACGAAGCCGACUUGAGCUAUUACUCGAUUAAGGCCUGCCCUGGUGGCUGCGUGACUUGUCCCCAGAUCUGUCAGCUCUUGCGCAUUCACUUGUCCAUGUUUCAAACUGCUCUUCUUCUUAGAAUUACUGACCUCCAGGCUAUUGCUUUCCGCAGAUUCCGUGAUCUCUUGGAUACUGCUCCUGCUUUCGUUUUGCAGUAUGCUGUUCACGCAGUGUAUAGUAGGAAGCCUAUCCCUGACGGAAGCAACAACUUUCAGAUCACUGGAUUAAAGUCCGUUAAGGACUAUCGCCCUGAGUUGCAGAUCACCAGGCAUGGGAAGAGAGUCAGAAUUUUUGGCGAGUCGGAGUUUGCUGAGCUCCGCCGCAAGAGUGCUAAGUUUGACAGAGACCUGGCUCUGGGACUGUGGCUGGAUACUAUUGAUAUCACAGUUCCGACGAUUCGGUUCCCGGGCAACUCAGAGCCCAUUAGGUCCCUUCAUCCCUAUAUGGACACUCCACUUCCCCCACAGGUAGUAGACCCCAAACGGUCAAACUACCAGUAUGUUACUUACUUGCAGCCGUUGCCGUUUAAGGAUUUCAAUGACCAGCGACCUUCUAACACACCUACAUGGACCCCUUCCCCAGUACCUACCUUCUCCGGGUCUAUUGUUACGCCGCAGACCUCGUCGAACAGCACGCAGACACGCUCCUCAUCCAACCAGAGCAGCCAGGCUUUGACAGAGGACCUGAGUUUCCUUAACGACCCUCUAUGUACUAUGGAUCAACUCAACGCGCAAUUCUCACAAGAAUAUUCCACAGGCCCAGCCGAUUUCGAUACUAUUGACUGGGAGCACAUGAUGGAAUUUAGCGCGACGGAUGAACCGGGUAUUGACUUCAGCGUGUUGCUGGAUGAUGAUGCUAUGGGUGAACCCGAUGCGACUGCAUUGACACAGGACAUGAACUGGACCGGAGAGGACCUGAAUAAUAUGGACUUCACCCAAUUCUUUAAUGAUCACACAAUGGACCUACAGUCUUUAGAUCCGUCCUGUCUAGAAGGGCCCAUGGAUAUGGAUAUAGACCAACGAGACCUAAACCCCUUUGAUCUAGCCGGUCUACCUGAUAUGAAUUCCUCCGGACUUACUUUGCAGGAUUCUAUCGACAGUGCAUUCUUGACUCAACCCCAGUACAUUGACCCGAUUUUCGCGGGUAUGGAUAACUAUGUAAAUAUGCCUCAGGAGAUUAACUUCCUUCCAGAGCCAUUGAACUCGGGGAUGUAUACAGGCUCUAUUGCUUCCAACCUUAGGGUCCAACAGACAAUCCAGCCAGCGGUCCUUUCCGCACAGAUGCCAGCUCAACGGCAGACAGCCCAGUCCACGCCCCUUUCUACAGGAGGCAAGCCCCGUACAUCGGCUUCACGUCAGAGGCAAGAUUCCACUCAAACCCGGUACAAUUUGAGGAAUCGCGCCAGCGUGGUUGAUUUGACUGAGGAACUCUAA